CUAUUGACAUGUUUAGUGCGCAAGACAAGAGAGAUAGCCUAGACCUCAUUUAUAUUCUUCAGCGUACAGAAAUAGGAUCUAAUACUGACUUUAUUCGAGGAGGACAAUCCUAACGAAACAUUUUACAGAGUGAGAGAUGGAUUCGCAGACUAAGGCUGCGCCGAUGCGCGUGCUCGUCACGGGCGGAUCCGGAUUGGUCGGGAAGGCCAUCGAGCACGUGGUGAAACAAGAAGGCGGCUGUCUCGAGGGCGAACAGUGGACCUUCCUCUGCUCCAAAGAAGCCAACCUCGUAGAUCUACAACAGACAAUAGCAGUUUUUAAGAAGUAUCGGCCCACCCAUGUCAUCCACCUGGCUGCCAAGGUGGGAGGACUCUACCUUCACAUGAAGGAGAACCUACACUUUCUGAGGGACAACCUUCGCAUCAAUGACAACGUGCUGCAGACGUCUCACGAAAUGGGCGUCAUCAAGGUGGUGUCCUGCCUGUCCAGCUGCAUCUUUCCUGACAAGACCACCUACCCUAUCGAUGAGAGCAUGAUCCACAAUGGGCCUCCACACGACUCAAACUUUGGCUACUCACAUGCCAAAAGAAUGAUUGAUAUUCAGAACAGGGGAUACUUUGCACAGCAUGGGCGUCGCUACACCGCCGUAAUCCCGACUAACGUGUAUGGUCCCUAUGACAACUUCAACUUUGAAAAUGGUCACGUGCUGUCGGCACUCAUGCACAAGACACAUGCUGCUAAAAAGGAGGGAACCCCUCUACAGGUGUGGGGCUCCGGAACACCCAGGAGACAAUUCAUCUACUCUCUGGAUGUAGCGCGUCUGUUCCUCUGGGUGCUGCGGGAGUAUGAUGAGAUUGACCCCAUCAUUCUCUCUGUGGGGGAGGAGGAGGAGCUCCCCAUCAAGGACACCGUAGAUAUGAUUGCAGAUGCCCUGGACUUCAAAGGUCAAAUAGUUUUCGACACCAGCAAGUCAGACGGUCAGAUGAAGAAGACGGCCAGCAAUGCCAAGCUGCGACGCUACCUCCCUGACUUCACCUUCACGCCGCUCUCUGAAGGUAUCAAGAAGACCUGUGAUUGGUUCGUGAACAACUACGACAUAGCCCGAACAUGAAGACCAAUGAAGAUAGAGACAUGAAGAUUGUUUAAUGAAAAAGACUAGGGCUACGUCCCAAUACUACUACUGUGCCUUCCUUCUCUUGUGUCCUUUCCUUCAUGUCAACUGAUAAGUGAAAGUUCUGGAUAGGUUUCACCAUAUGGCCGGUUAAUUUCUGUCAGAUCAGUGAUCAUGAAGGAAAGGCACACAGCACUCACAAUCUCUGUGAAAGUGGAGGCAGGUAUACCCCACCUUGUUUUAAUGUAGUUGUUUACACGCAAAAUUAUCAAUUAAAGGGAUACUUGGGGAUUUUGGCAAUGAGGCCCUUUAUCUACUUCCCCAGAGUUAGUUGAACUUGUGGAUACCAUUUUUAUGUCUCUAUGUCCAGUAUAAAGGAACUUAGAGGUAGUUUCGUGAGCCAAUGCUAACUAGCAUUAGUGCAAUGACUGGAAGUCUAUGGGUAUCUGCUAGCAUGCUAGGAAGCAGAAAAAUCUGUUUGGAUGCGUAACUUUUGCAGAGCGUGAGACCCUCCGACAACCUGGUUGUAAUUGUACCAGCUCUGGGGGAGACUUAGAUUUCAAAGCACAGCUCACACCCGAGAGCAAUAGGAUAUAGUAUUGGCUGGCGCUCUGCUCGCCCUGACCAAAAGUUACGCUUCCAGUGUAGCAGGUCAAAAAAGCCCCAGUGUAGCCCCUAUGUUAGGCUACUGAAAUUCAGCUUUAAAAAAUCACCUGCCUAAUGGGACAACCACAGAGCAGGUUCAACUUGUCCGGCGGCCAUAAAUGCCAUAAAUUGUCCGUCUUUCACUUAAACAAUGGGGAUGAACCAGAAUGAUCAAUUUUAGGCUAGGUCUACUCAGAGCAGGUUCAACUUGCCCGACUGCUCAGUUCACUUGCUCCAGGCAAUAGGGCAACCCUUAAGGUCAAUCCCUGAUUAUGUCCUUCCCUGACGGUGGCUGAAACGGUCCAGCCACCUGAUCACCUAUGACUACCAGUUACUAUGAGCAAUACUGCAGGGUAAUGUGUUUACACUCAAAUAUAUCACAUUUUUAUUUCAAUAUCUAAAAUAUAUAGUUGAAGUGUAUGAUCUAUUUGUGAUUGAAUAUUGACAAAAAUAUUAAAGGGCUUUUUCUUGAUGUAAGAA